AUGCCUUCUGACUGGACAACUCACUUUAAAUAUAUUCUUGAUCAUUAUCAUCAAGGUAUUGUGACUGCAGAUUCACCACAGGCUCUCAAACGCAUGGUGAAGAAAAUUCGUAAGGCUAUACUUGCAGCCCAAAAGGAACUUGAAGACGAUGAAGAGGAAGAUGUGCCCCAAUUGCCUACUUCUUUGAAAAAGGAAAUCAAACAAUACUGUUCCCAAAUCAUCGCCUACAAGGAAGAGGCCGAGGAACGAGAGGCCGCAAGUCGUCCAAGAGAAGCGUCCUUCUACAAGAAAUCACUUACCGAAUGGGAUGUUGCACAGAGGUUGUUCAAGGAAGAAAUAGAUAAGUUUGACAAGGAUGAGCAGAGAAGGAAAGGUGUCCAACGUUCAAUCAAGUAUCGGACUGGCCAUGCCAGGGAAUGGUUUGACAAUAUGUCUCCUUCACAACAGGAGGAGGUCAAGUUCGCCAUGACCAAAUGGAAUAGGGAGGGGGCACCAGAAGAAAGUCAAGUAGUGAAGAACAACCUCAAGAAAACACUUGAAGACUUUUCAGAGCAAAUCCGACGUACUAUGGGUUGUCGAGUGGUGAUGUUCGUUAGCCACAAGAAAAAAGCUAGUCAGACAUUGUCUGUCAGUCUACAUGAAACCGACCCUCAAAAUGUCAAGAAGAGGUUUUCUGUCAGCUCCAAUGGGAUCAAGGAGUGGACUGCAACUGGAUUUGAAUCCUUUGCAGAAUGGUCAAAGACCGAGUUUUAUCCUUCAGAUGAUCAGGACCUGGAGGGUUCAGACAAUGAGGAUGCUGGCAAUGAAGCUGCUAUACCCGAAAUUAUCCUAGAUGAUGAUGGAUAUGCCAAACUUCCUAGUCGUGAUGGUAUUGGCCUUAGGGGCCAACAUGAAUUGAUUAGGGGUAUAUUUCAUGCUUCGUAUAAAGUCUGCACUGGGGGCUCUAGACCUGUGCCUUGGGGUAUGAUAACUGCUGCCUCGUCCAAUUAUUUGGAACAUGGUUCUGUUCCCACUGCAUUUGUGGUCAAAGACCCUUCUCAUAUGAAAACUGAGGAGGUAAAUCGUCUAUGGAACCAUUGGGAACAAAAUUCGGCUGCAAACAAGAAGCUAGUCGUUUUUGUCAAAGCCAAGGAUGGUGAUGUGCGGGCAAAUGUAAGGAAUGAAGAAAGAAAGAAGAAGUCUAAGGAGAAAAGAAACCCAGCCGGCCGAUCACAACCCCAGAUGAUGUUUCAAUCGAUGAUCGAUAGUGCAUUCCUCGAAUCUCUAAGCAAGAAUGAGGACUACCUGGAGCUUAUAGAUGCCAUUAGGGAUCUGGCAAAGUUUGCCAAGCAGAAGCCAACUUCAGAGGAGAAUCCAGAUUUGCCUAUCUGGGCUAACUGGUCUUGGGGAGAAUCUUAUCUUCCUGAGGACGUGCAUGUGUCUUAUGACACUUUGAAGGCUAGCUUGGAAAAGCUACGAACAUCUCCAAUCUCAGGGGCAGCAUCCGCCAUGCCAGUGAUUCUAGGAAUUGGGCUCCUCUAUAGGGAGUCUAAACGCGUCAUAGAGUAUGAGGAAGAUGAGGCUGACCCCAAUACACCUUUCUACCUACCUGGUUCUGCUUUCGAUCUAGAAGUCUUGGUUUCUCUUGAUCAAGUUGUUCGGCAGGUCUUGGCCACAGUUGUUGAGCACAUAGAGAAGCUGGCAAAAGAGGGACUUGGUGAGGUGCCAGGGGAGGAGGUUGUUUUGACAAAGGGGAAGGAGAAGGCGAAAGCGAAGGAGACACAGGAGGAGGAGCAGCAGCAGCAGGAGCAUGAGGAGCAGGAGCAGGAGCAGGAGGAGCAGGAGGAGCAGGAGCAGGAGGAGGAGCAGGAGGAGCAGGAGCAGGAGGAGCAGGAGCAGGAGCAGGAGCAGGAGCAGGAGCAGCAGAAAGGGAGGAAGAGAAGAAUGCCCCAAGCUUCGACCAGUGAGUCUAAGAAGCCUAGGAUUGAGCCUGAAGUCCGCAGAUCAGGCAGGACAAGGCAACCUUCUAAGAGAGCCCAGAACUGA